AUGUAUUCCACGCUACCCUUCCUUCGAAAGAUUUCUGCAGUCAGCAUUGCGAUAUUUCUUUUCGCAUCUGCCUCACCAACUCGCGCUAUUCCAAUUCGCAUUGCCGUUUACGUUCCUGCUGCUAUUCACCUCGACGUAGAGGUUACUGGCAGCCAACUCAAUCACGAUCUCCACGCAAUCGCUUCUUCCCCCGACAUUCACCUGGAUGUCGAGAACGACAGCGUUCAACAACCAGAACACGCCCUUCACGCAUCUGCUCUUGUCGUUGACGUCCAUCCAAGUAUCGAGCUCAUCGGCGGUCGACCUGAUCAUACAAACGUUCCCGCCGCUGUAACUUACAUCCGUCCCGAUAUCGAGGAAUCGAACAGUAAAUCUAGUCAUCACGAUUUGGAUUACAAUCAUGAACCCCACGACUCCACACUCUUUCAUGAACUUCUUGUCGGAAACGCGAAAUCGCAUGCGACGAGUGCGCCUUAUCCAGGCGAACUUAAUCACCUCAAUGACGGCGGCGUUGUCAGUGGAUUGAAGAUCAGUACACACAACCCUUUUCGCGCUCUCAACCAUGCGUCUUCUCACAGUGACUCGCUCGUCAUUCAGCCAGACACCGUUACCUCCUCUGCGGAGGACGUUCAUUCUCAGUAA